AUGUCGCCUCGCACCAUCUACUACGUUGUGCGGCCCGGCCUAGCAACGACGCUGCCGUCCGGUGGCCGUUCUCAGGCACCGGCACGCCUUGUCCCUCUUGUUGCUGUCGACCAGCUGCCCGCGUGGGUGGACAUUGUCGGCGUGCCGCGUGAGCUCACGCCAGAGCAGGCGGCGCAGAUGAUUGCCAUUGCAAGCGACGGUGAAGCAGACACAGCAGGAAAAACAGACAACGACGAGAGCCAGCACGGCCAGGCGGGCCAGAACGCCGACGAUGUGUUUAAGGUGCGCAUCGUCACGAAACAGGGGGGUGCUUCCAAGGCCAUGCCAGCGGUGGCCCAGUCGCCCACCGCCACGGCGGAAGAGACAGAGGAGACAGCGCGUCCGGUGUCUCUGACCCCGUCGCCGGAUGUGGAAGACAACGAUGCACACGUCGUCGUGGACAAGGCCAAAGAUACCAUAGGGGCCAAAGAAAACAAGGCCAACGAAGAGGUCACACAUACUGACAACACAUCGUCUGCUCUCCUCGCCUCCCCGCAUCUUCGGCAGGGCGACAAACACACCGACGGCGCCCUUUCCAGCAUGGUCGAUGACAUGCUGGCUGGCCUCAAUGAGACGUCCCUCGGCGCGAUUCUGAACCAUCCUGCGCUCGUCAACGACCUCAUAGACAUUGACGUCGCUGCGGGUCAGGCUGCCCCCGUUCCGCUCCCGAUGGACGGACUGGCCGACGAGGCCCAGGGUGACGAGGAGUCUGACCAUUGCGGCAAGGACAAGGACGACACGGACGACAAGAGGGUCAAGCCCGCCGCCGCCGGUAGUCCUUUGAAGACACUCAAAGCCGGAUGGCCGCCGCUGAAGCAGCGUUGUGCGAACGCCGUCCGGCCGUGCCGCCGCUGGUGCCGCACCGGCUUUUGCCCCUUUGGCGACAGCUGCCGCUACGCCCAUGUCCUGCCGCAGACGCCCGAAGGCCUUGCGGCCAUUGACAUGGACCGCCUGCCGACGUGGUGGACGAACCGCGGCGGUCGAGCAAGCAAGGCCACCAUCACGGCAGGCAUAACUGCAGGCAUCACUGCAGGCACCACGGCCGCCGCCAGAGGCACCCGUACGGCCGCCAGCAGCCAACGGCCGUCGCCGGCCCACCGCACCACGCGCAGCAACAGCAGCACAGCCAGUUCUGGUGACAACGGGCCCUACCUCAACCAGUUCAGCUGCUACAAGACGCCGGACGCGUCGCAGAGCGCGCCACACCCGACGCAGCGCACACGUGCGCACUCGACGGCGGUGGUGCCGACACAGACACAUACCCAAGGCCCAACCCACAGCCAUAAGCAAGUCCUCCAUCCGCCCAUGAGCAGCGCCAUGCAGAUGUCGCGCCCGUCGCGGACGUACACGUCGCGGCCGUCGAGCCGCACCGGCGCCGCCAAGGACGGCAGCAGCAGCGACACCAGUGCCGGCAGCGGUGGAGGCGGUGGAGGCGGUGGAGGCGGCGGAAAACAGAGCGUGCCCCCGCAUCUCAUUGCCAAAAAGAAGCUGCAUCUGCAGCUGCAGCGGGAGAAGGAAAUGGCAGAGCAAGUGGACGAGGGACAGACGCCAUCCGCGCCCCCUGUGCAGGAGGUCGACGACCUAGUCGACCUGGUUGACCUGUAA